GGAAGGGGAAAGAGGUUCCGGUUCACUCUCCGGCCAAACCCUCGGCCCCGUCCAGGCCGGCUCGGGCCGUCGAGGAGAGCCGGCCUAACAAGUCUUCCGCCAAGAAUCCAAACGUGGCAGCUUUGUGGUAUUAAAUAGCACAUUAAAUGAACACUCAGUAGGAGGGAAGAAACGUAAAGAAUAUUAUUUGAAUAAUGUCCCCUUUUUAAAAGAAAAAUGAAAAAAAAAAAAAAAAGUAAAAUCGUGUGUUAAUCUAUAUUUGAUAUCUUUUAUCCACUAGUGAAAAUAGGAAAUUAAUUGAAAAAUUGGAAUAAUAAUUUGGGUGAAAUCGUCGACAAUGUCUACUAUAAAUGGAAGGGAGGAACUUUAAUUUGUUGCCAUGGCGAGGUCGCGAUUCAUUCUCGUUCCCUUCCCGGCUCAGGGCCAUGUCACUGCUAUGCUGCGCCUCGGCCGCCUUCUCAAUGCGAGCGGCUUCGACGUCACCAUGGCCACGCCCGACUUCAUCCACCGCCGCCUCGCCGGCAGCGCAGACGCCGGCGAUGUUCGCCACGCGUGCCUUCCGAGCGGGCUGCCAGAGGCGGACCACACGGCGGAGGACUCCACCGCCAUCGUCCGGGCUAUGGAGUGCCACAUGCCUCCUCACCUCGAGCGCCUGUUGCUGGCGGACGGCGAUGGCGCGGUGGCGUGCGUGGUGGUGGACCUGGCGGCCUCGUGGGCGAUUCCGGUGGCGAAGCGGUGCGGCGUGCCGGUGGUCGCCGGGUUCUGGCCAGCGAUGCUCGCCUCUUACCGAGCCAUUGCCGCCAUCCCCGAGCUAAUUCGAAGAGGUUUCAUCUCCGAGCAAGACGGUAGUUUUCUGCGGCAUCAAUCGCAGAGCAAACGAGAGUUGGAAACAGAGGAGUUAGAAAUAUUGGCAGUCGAAGCAAAGCUGAGCCUAGAAGAUCUGCCAUGGCUGGCGGGCGACUCCGCCGUUCAGAAUCUACGAUUCAAAUUCUGGCUUCAAGUAGUUGAUCGAGCCAAGUCUCUCCAAUUCGUCUUAGUCAACACCUUCCCCGGCGAAGCCGGCGGUGGCGGACACCUCCUCUCGCCGGAGCACAGAUCCCCUCGGGCUCUGCCCAUUGGCCCACUAAUGGCCCACGAGAGGGUACCCAGGCCCAACCUGUGGGAGGAAGACGAGAGCUGCCUUGCCUGGCUCAAGAACCAACCGCCCGGCUCCGUCGUGUACGUCUCCUUCGGCAGCUGGGUGGCGCCGCUCUCGCCGGCGACCAUCUCUGAGUUCGCAUUGGGGCUGGAGGCAGCCGGCGCUCCGUUCCUGUGGGCGCUGCGGGACGACGCACGGUGGCGGGCUGGGCUUCCUGCGGGCUUCGCCGGACGAGGCGGCAGGCUGGUGGUGGACUGGGCCCCGCAGGAGGCGGUGCUGGCGAGCCCGGCGGUGGGAUGCUUCCUGACGCACUGCGGGUGGCUGUCGGCGGUGGAGGCGGCGCUCCACGGGAAGCGGAUGCUGUGCUACCCCAUCGCCGGCGACCAUUUCGUGAACGCCGCACAAAUUGCGGGGGUCUGGGGCGCCGGAAUCCGACUGGAGGAAGGGUGCGGAUGCGGGGACGUAGCGGAGGGAAUCCGGCGGGUGAUGGGAGGGAAGGAAGGGGAGAAGGUGCAAAAGGGAGUGGAAGAGUUGAGGAGGAAAGUGGUGGAGGAGAAAGGUAGCGCCGAGGCCAUGGCCAAUCUCCAAUCUUUUCUCGACGCUAGCAAAUUAAACGAAUAA